AUGGACACCUUUUAUCAGACCAAUAAACUCUGCAACAGCCACAUGUCUGAAGUGCACACCCAAUACAAGACCUACAACUUCAAAAAAGGACGGCCUGGAAACCUCUACCCUUUUGUCUUCAAUGACACUCUGGGUCUUGAGAUGGAUAAGUACAGAGGAGUCGAUCCAGAAGACAUCAAACUGGCCAUGAAGGGACAUAUGAGAGACGGUUACACGUUCAGUCCUGGAUCUAAACUGUCAGAGGACAGUCAGUAUUACAAAGCAGAACCAACUCUAAAUGACAAAGUUCAUGUUCUGGUGUUGGUUGUAACUGCUAACCAGGCAGCUCUACUGAGUAAACACAAUGUGAAGAAGAUAAAGGACAUCAGAAGGGCAGCCAGUGAGCUGGGAAUUCCCCAGCUGGCUGUCAUCACCAACAUUGAUUUAGCCUGCCCACAGAUCCAUAAAGAUCUGAAGAAUGUGUAUAAGAGCAAACACCUGAAGGAAAUGAUGGAGGGAUUCAGUCAGUUGGUGGGAAUUCCAAUGAACUACAUCUUUCCUGUGAAGAACUACCAUGAAGAAAUUGACGUAAACAAUGAAGUUGAUUCUCUGAUUCUGAGUGUCCUCAAACAGAUCAUCGACUUUGGAGAAGAGUUCAUCAACCACAUGGAAACCUAAGUGACUUUCAUUUGGCUUUCACAGAUGUUCAUGGCAUUAUAGAAAUGGC